AUGCCGCGCGAAAUCUUGAAUCUUCAGGUCGGCCAGGCGGGCAACCAAGUUGGCGAGAGCUUCUGGAACAUGCUCCUCGUUGAGCAUGGGCUCACCCAGGACGGGUACUAUCAAGGGAAAGACCCUCUCCAAAUCGAGCGCGCGGACACAUACUUCGAAGAGGUAUCAGGCAACGAUGCUGGCGCGAAGUACGUGCCCCGUAGCGUGCAGGUCGAUCUGGAGACGGGUGUCGCGGACCGGAUACGCUCAGGCCCCAUAGGCCGUCUAUUCCGCCCUGAUACGUGGGUGACCGCAGACGGCGGUGCGGGGAACAACUGGGCAAAGGGCUUCUACACCGAUGGCGCUGAGCUCGUGGAUGCUAUCAGCGAGACGGUUCGCCACCAGACGGAGUCGUGUGAUGCGUUGCAGGGAUUCCAGAUCAUCCACUCUCUGGGUGGUGGUACGGGUGCGGGUCUCGGCUCGCUGCUGCUGUCGAAGCUGCGCGAAGAGUACCCUGACCGCAUGCUCGCAACGUUUUCCAUUUUGCCCUCGCCAAAAGUGUCUGAGACUGUCGUUGAGCCGUAUAACAUGUUGUUAUCCAUGCAUCAACUGGUCGAGAACAGCGACCUGACGAUUUGCAUCGAUAACGAAGCCUUAUACGACAUCACUGCGCGCACACUCAAGACAAAGAGCCCCUCCUUCGAUGACCUGAAUAGCCUCGUAUCGCAGGUUAUGUGCGGAACGUCGACAAGCUUGCGUUUCCCCGGCCAGCUCAACGGCGACCUUCGCAAGCUGAGCUUGAACUUGAUUCCGUUCCCGCGUCUGCAUUUCCUUUGCCCGUCCUACGCGCCGUUCCACACCGCUGGCGCACAAGCGUACGCGAGGGUCUCCGUACAGGAGCUCACCCAGGCGCUCUUCGAUCGGCGCAACUUGCUUGUCGCGGCGGAUCCCCGCUACGGGCGCUACCUCACCGCCGCCACGAUCUUCCGCGGCAAAGUGUCCUCCAGAGAAGCUGAAUUCGCGGUGUAUGAGCUUCAGAGGAAGAACAGCGCGAUGUUCGUCGAGUGGAUCCCCGAUAAUGUCAGUGUUACGCUGUGCAGCGUGCCGCCUGUCGGUAAGGCGCAGGCCGCGACUUGCCUCAGCAACAACACCGCUGUUCAGGAGGUCUUUAAGCGCUCGUUGAACCAGUUCUCGGCGAUGUACAAGCGCAAGGCGUUCUUGCACUGGUACACGGGCGAGGGUAUGGACGAGAUGGAGUUCACCGAGGCCGAGAGUAACUGCCACGAUCUCAUUUCUGAGUACCAGCAGUACCAAGAGGCCACGACCGAAGACGAAGAAGAGCUGGAGGCCGAGUACGAGCAGGAUGCGGCGAGCGAGGCACUCUCGCAAUGA